CUGCUUGCUAUUGUAAUCUGUUUCUCUCCUUGUGCAUCACUUGCAGACCAAAAUAUAGAUCACCAUAUUCUCAGAAUGUAAGGAAGUGUUGGGUAUUCAAUAUUAUUUUACCGAUUGGUUAAAUGAUGAUUGGUAGCUAUAGACCAGUUACAGAGUUCUGUUCCAUUUCCCCUGCAGCUGACUGAAGAUGAACCCUGAAAACUGGACUCAGGUGAGAAGCUUUGUUCUUCUGGGUUUUCCCAGUAGCCACCUCCUACAGUUCCUGGUGUUCCUGGGGUUAAUGACCACCUACACUGUAACAGCCAUAGGCAACCUGCUAAUUAUUGUGCUCAGCUGGAUAGACCGACGCCUGCACACACAGAUGUAUUUCUUCCUGCGGAAUUUAUCCUUCCUGGAGCUGUUGCUGGUAACUGUUGUGGUUCCCAAGAUGUUUGUCGUCAUCCUCACGAGAGAUCACACCAUCUCAUUUGUCAGCUGCAUCAUCCAGUCCUACCUCUACUUCUUUCUAGGCACCACUGACUUCUUCCUCUUGGCUGUCAUGUCUCUGGAUCGUUACCUAGCAAUCUGCCGACCACUCCACUGUGAGACCCUGAUGAGUGGCCAUGUCUGUUCCCAGCUAGUGCUGGCCUCCUGGCUAGCUGGAUUCCUCUGGGUCCUUUGCCCCACUGUCCUCAUGGCCAGCCUGCCUUUCUGUGGCCCCAAUGGAAUUGACCACUUCUUUUGUGACAGUUGGCCCUUGCUCAGGCUCUCUUGUGGGGACACCCAUCUGCUGGAAAUGGUGACUUUCAUGCUCUCUACGUCGGUGUCACUGGGCUCGCUGACUCUGACCUCAGUUUCCUAUGCCUGCAUUCUUGCCACUGUUCUCGGGGCUCCCACAGCUGUUGAGCGAAGGAAAGCAUUCUCCACUUGCACCUCGCAUCUCACAGUGGUGGUCAUCAUCUAUGGCAGUUCCAUCUUUCUCUACGUUCGUAUGUCAGAGGCUCAGUCCAAACUGCUCGGCAAAGGUGCCUCCGUCCUGAGCUGCAUCAUCACACCCCUCUUGAACCCAUUCAUCUUCACUCUCCGCAAUGACAAGGCGCAGCAAGCACUGAGAGACGCCCUGGGGUGGCUCAGGCUCACUGCUGUGAUGAAACUGAGGGUCACGAGUCAAAGGAAAUGAUCUUAUUAAAUGGGAGAUUAAAUGUUUUUUGAAAAAUUUUUAAAUGUGCAGGAAGUUUAAGGGAUGUAGGCAACACUGUGCACUUUUCUCAGCUAA